AUGUCAAAGCUGCAAGUGGUUCUGGUUAAUUUUAUAGUUAUGAGUGACGAAGAGGAGUUGUUAGAAGACUUUGUUGAAUUGGAGGAAGGCACGUUGAUAAGAGAUACGUGGGGAGUCGUACGCUCUCUCGGAAAAGGUGCUUAUGGUCACGUUUAUCACGUCAUCAAUAUCAAGAACGGAACCCAAGCCGCCUUGAAGGCAGAAAGUAAGGCACAAUCUGAGCGUGUAUUGAAAAUGGAGAAAAAUGUUCUUCAAGGUUUCAAAGGAAUCAAAGACACCAUUCAGUUGAUUUCGAUGGGUACUACUGACACUUACUCAUAUAUUGUAAUGACAAUGUGUGGAGCCGAUCUGACUCGAAUUUGCACAUUGGUUGGUACGCUGUCUGAUGGAACUCUUAUUCGAUUAGGGAUUCGUACCCUAUUAGCUUUGAAACAGCUUCAUGAGAUUGGUUUCAUCCAUCGUGACGUGAAACCGUGCAACUUUGCGGUGUCGACUUCCCAACCAAGAAUCAUUCAUGUCUUUGACUUUGGUAUGACAAGAAAGUAUGCCUAUAGAAAUGAAAAGAAUGAAUGGCUCAUAAAAAGGAGGAGGAACAGAGUGUCAUUUCGAGGCACGCUUCGGUAUUGCUCUCUUGCUGUGCAUAAACGUCUUGAGCAGGGCCGCGUAGAUGACUUGUGGUCUUGGUCCUACAUGAUAGUAGAGCUGCGAGAUCCUUUACCGUGGGCCCACCUGACGCAUCCAGAAACAGUUUUAGGUGUAAAGGAAGAAACAUCUAUUGAGAAAUUGUGCAAAACGGGAACUUCCCUCAUCUUUCUGCCAAUCAUGAAGCACUUUCAAACACUGAGCUACUUUGACAGGCCAGAUUACCAGAUGAUCUUCAAUCUACUUCUGAAUGAGCUCAAGAAGACAAACGUUAAUAUAACAGAUCCUUACGACUGGGAUGGUAAAAUCACAGAGCCAGGAGUUGAGGAAAAAAUUGCACAAGUUUGUGAUCGUCUUGGCGUCAAAUUCAAAAACUUUCCAAAAACCGAAAGUUUUGAGCGUUCUGAAAGCGACGAGCUGUUAUAUCUCCAACAACAAUUCGACCCCCAUCCAGAAGACGUUCCGGGAGGCGAAAAAUAUGAGGAAAAACGCAAGAAGGGACAGGGUAGCAGCCUCACGCCUCACAAUAAUGCCAGCCAAGCUCGAUCGUCAGCAUCUUUAAUAACAAGUAAAAGCGAUGCAGCAUUGAAAAGCAGUGAGCAAUCACAAGAUAAAUUGAACUCAUCUAAAAGAAGGGCAAAAAAAGGGAUGGCUAGCAAUACAAGCAAGGACAGAGAUAAGAAUGAAGAGAAGGACAAAGAAAGACCGAGGGAAAAACUAAAGGAGAGAAACAAGAGUGAAGAGAAAAAGGAAAAUCUUGGAGGGAUGGAGAAAACGUAGUGGUUGCUCUAGUUUCAGAUUACGACCGUGAUAUAUGC